AUGGCAAAGCGAAACAGUACUCAGGCGGCGGGGUCGCCAGCCGCAACGGAAAAGAAAGUUGAUGACGUUACAAUGACCAAUGAAAAGGCGGGUGAAGCCAAGGGAGAGGUUGCUCUGUCGGCAAAAGCAUCUCAAGAUGAGAAUGAAACUAGGGCGCCAGUCGACGGUGAACAAGCUACCGGUAGCAAUAAACGCAAACGCGAUUUCAAAGCCGAGCGCGAGGCCAAGAGACAGAGAAAGGAAGAGAGAAAUGCACCUAAGAAAGCUGCGGCUGUAGUGCGAGAGGCUGAGGAGGCGAUUGCAAGGGAAAAGAAGAUUGCGGAACAGGCAGAGGCGAAGAAGAUUAGAGAGGAAGAAGUGGCUAGGUUGAGGGAGCAGAAGAAAGAGGAAAAGGCGAAGAAACAUGAGGAGAAUUUGAGACAGCAGGAUGAGGAUAAACAGAGGAGGGUAGAGGAGAAGAAGAAGCAGGCGGAGGCGAAAAAGAGGGAUGCGGAGGAGAAGAGGAAGGAUAGAGAGAGGAUUCAGGCGCUGGAGAAACAGGUUAGGGAUUUGAAGAGGGGACACGGAAAUGGAAAGGGGAAGGGAGCGAAGAGGAGUUGGGAUAAGAAAGCAAAGGGACCGAAAACUUCGGAAUUCUUUGGAGAGGGGUUGAAGGCGCAGGUUAUUGGUGAUGGUGACGAUGAGGAGGUCGAGGAGGAGGUAAAUGAGGAGGUUGCUGAAGAGGCAAAAGAGGAAAUUAAGAAGAUCAAAUCGAAGCGCAGUUGGAAGGACCUCAAGAAGGGAAAUGUCGCACCUACUGGUCUGGAAGCAAAGAUUGCUGCUGCGAGAGCUUCAGUAGCCCAGGCUGAGGAUACGCUAGAGGGAGAUGUCACUAUGGAGGAUGCACCCGAAGUCAAUGGCGAGCAAGAGAAUAAGGCCGAAGAGGAAAUCUCUGAACCAGCUGUCGGUAACUCGGAUGUUGUCGCAUAUCCUUCUCUUGAGCAUUUAAUCGAAGACAAAGCUGAGGACAUUUCCGAGUCUGCCGCUGAGUCCGACGCUCCAGCGCAAACAGAAAUUGAUGCAGAGAUCCCAGAAGAAACUUCCGAUGAUAAGGCAGAUGAGGAGCAAGAGGACUCGGAGAUUCCCGAAGAAGAUAGCAAGGAAACCUCGCCUGCCGCUCAAGAAGAAGACAAAGCCGAAGAUGAUUCUUCUAAGGAGAAUGCUGCACCUGUAGCCGAUUUAGAUAUGGAAGUUGGCGAGCCCAAGGAGGAAGUCGAGGCCAGUGCAAGUGCAAAGAAGCGUUCAAGAAAGAGAGUCAGAAACAAUAAUCGCUUGGAGGCUGAGGAUACACCAACAAAACCUGCAACACCUGCUUCAUCUAAGACCCAAAAGUUCAAGACGCCCACAGCUACACCUCUCUCAUCAAAGAACCAAAAUGUUAAGACACCUACAAAAUCACCUGCACAAACAAAGGUGACAGUUGCAAAGAAGGGCAGACCUCCAGUGAAGGCAGCAAACAAGGCUCAGACUGCUCCCAAAUCUCCUAAUGUAUCAGGAGAUUCUAAAUCGCCAAAAGCCAAGCGUGGAAGAGUACCAAAAGCUAGAGCUGCCGAGAUCAGCAAAAGCCAACCACUCGUAGAAGAGCCAGAGUCUACGAGUGGUAGUCAACUUCUGGAUAUUAGUUUGAGUCACCAUAGCUGCGAAAUUGAUGAUGGCACCGUUGAUGAAUUGGGAGGAACAGAUAUAACCACCGGAACCAAUAAUGAUAAUGAUGAUGAUGAUGUUUACGAGUCAAUCACAUGCGAGUCCCCGGAACAUUUCAAUCACGAAUCUCAAACACCCUCGAAAACGCUACAAUCAUUCAACGAUAUGGAACUACCUAUCCUGAGGAAGACAGAAUCCCUCAAUCUUAAUGCUGACGAGAGUGACUCCUCUGAGCUAUCUGAUCUAAGCAUAACCGAUCAUCCCUUUCUAGCAUCAGAUAGUAGCGGUUUUGAUACGAUUGAAGUUGAUGUCCCUAGUCUUCUGAGAUCAGGAAAGAAACAAAGACCGCCUAUGCAUUCACCUUACUUUGCUCUACCACUAUCUUCCACUCCAUACAAAUCUAGGAAAUCCAUAGUUUUGAAAGGAGAAUUUACAGAAAAAAAUCCUUCUCCCAAAAAGGAAUCUCCUAAAAAAAGGCCUCCUGGCAUAAUUUCAUGUAUCCCUUUUCCACCUCUAUCUGCACCUCAUUUUGGACUCAUCCAAGAAAAACUUGCCCAUGAUCCAUUUCGACUCCUCAUAGCCGUCACAUUUCUCAAUCGCACUCAUGGUAAACAAGCCAUUCCAGUUUUCUACACCCUAAUGGACCAAUACCCUACCCCACAAUCAAUAGUCGAUGCUCCCAAAGAAGACAUUGUCUCGGUAAUCCGACACCUAGGCCUACAAAAUCAACGCGCAGCUACUUAUCAAGCUUACGCCAAAACCUUUUGCGAAAAUCCACCAGUAAAGAAUAAACGGUAUGCGGUCCAUGAUUACCCCACUAAAGGACUCGGUCGCGACGUCAAGAAAAGCGAGGUCCUUCCCGAAGAAUCCGUAGACCCGCGUACGGGCUGGGAAAUCGGACACAUGACCCAGGGACCCUAUGCGAUUGAUAGUUGGCGGAUUUUCUGUAGGGAUAUGUUGUUGGAGAAAGCGAAAGGAUGGAAUGGUGAGGGGAGUGAGGAAGAAGGUUUUCAACCUGAGUGGAUGAGGGUGCUUCCAGAGGAUAAGGAGUUGAGAGCGUUUUUGAGGUGGAUGUGGUUGAAGGAAGGGUUUGAGUGGGAUCCGCUGACGGGGGAGAAGGAGGUUGCGGGGAGGGAGGUCAUGAGGGCGGCGUUGGAGGGGAGGGUUGCGUGGGACGAGGGGGGUGGGAUGAGGAUUUUGGACAGGGUGGGGGAGGGGGGGUGGAGGGGGUAG